CGGUAACUCUAUGGUCGGCGGGAUAUCUUUACUCACACUCAAGACAGGCAGACAAACGGUGCGGCGUGACGAUAAAUAAUCAUAUGAUAUAGAGAGGGAGUCGAGACAGAAGAUCUUCCCCCGACUAGAGAUGGACAUCAAUGACCUUCCUCCAGAACUGAUCACGUGUAUAUUCUGUAGACUCCCAGGGAAGGACUUGGCCACCGUUGCCCAAACAUGCAAGAAAUUCCAUGAAGCUUCUCUAGUCGAGGCUAUCUGGCUAUUGAAAUGCAAAGAAGAGUUUGGUGUGAGUGCGGAGCUUCAGGGGCCAGAUGUUGAGUCUUAUCGACAGCUUUAUACAAAGGUUCUCUAUCCGUAUGGACAUUUACUUGGUGUGUGGCAACCUCAGAUGGGGCCAUAUGGAGGAUUGGUGAAAAUUCAGAUAACAGGAGGAAUAAUCAAAGCCAUUCAAUACAUCACCCCUGUUGACCCUAAGGUCUACUUACCCCUCCGAACCAAGGACUUGUUUCAGGUCCGAUUUGACCCGCAGGAAGGCCUGGCUCACGUGGAAUGCCUAAAGGGGAAGAACGGACCACAUAAACUACAAAUUAUGGCAAAUUCAUCAAAACCAGAGCCUGAAUUCACGGUGAAGUGUUGUAAACCAGAGAAACACAACUCAUCAGUUAGCCAGAGAGGAAGUAUACAAGAAUUUCGGGAUUGGAUUAUGGAAGAAAUUAAUGCUGAACCUGGUGAAUUUGUCAUUCAAAACUUUGACUUUCAUUUGGAUCUUUUAAAGAUGAAGUAUAUCAAGCUUAGGGAAUAUGAUUCAAUCUGUACCUUCAAGGGUUUGGAGCCACCCAAGGCCAUAGAUAAUAUGCCAAUUCAACCAGGAAUCUUCAAAGGAACGUAUGGAGGCCACGGCAUUGAGCUUAUAUAUGUCACGUACGACGGCAAUCGAAUCAAAGGAAUUAAAAUCUCGGGAGACCCUAACGUGCCCGCCACAAAGGUCUCUUUGGAGGUCCAUCUGGAUGAGCCCAUGGUCCUGGACCUUGCCCAACAGGAGAGUAUAUUUGCUCUAGAGGAACUGGACCUUGAAGUUGUAAGGACAUCAUCCGAUGAGACCCAGACCUCGCAGCCCUUCCACCUUCCAUUCGAGGUUCAUGAUCGUGGGAUGACCCUCUUGGGUCAAGAAACAGGACUCAAUCUGGGAAGGUGCAAACAGAGGUUUUAUGGUACAGGGUUAAUUGCCAUGUCUGGAUUCAGGGAUGCAGAGAGGACUCCUGCCCACUGCAUCAUAUUCAAUGAUGAUGUCAUGGCAUUCCUAUGGUUGAAGCUGAGGUCUGUUAGUAUUUAUAGCCGAGUGAAAGAGGACGUAUGGUCGUGACACCAUCUUUUUCAUUCAUCCAUCGGGCAUCAGGCGAUUGCUAGGUACUACAUGAUGUUUAUAUCGAUACAAGAAACUUUCAUCGGUUGGGGAUGAUCAAAUGAAAUAGUGUUAAAACUUCUACCAACCUCGCUCAUAUGUAUUGCGAGCUUUCAUCCAAUCCUGUGAUCAGUCACACAUUGCUACCUGAAGUCUGUGUCUCGUAAUCACUAGACCAAAGAUGGAAGACAGUAGAUAUAUAGGCCCGUAUUCUGAAGUCGGGUUUAACUUAGACCGUGGUCUAAGUCUGUACUAAAAUUAUGGGGAGCCAAAAAUUCUAACAUUCUGUUCAUAUUGUAAAUUUCUUAUGUUUACUAUUUGUUUCCUCUUGCUUUCAUGAUGAAGAAAAAUACUUCAGUUACCAUUCCCAGACAAUUUGGGUGUCAUAUGAGUUAGUAAAUUGGGUGUGUACUGCUAGGGAUUUGUGUGCCAAUUGGCUCUCCAUACUUAAACCGCAACUUUGAACCAUGGUUUAAUUUAAACCAGAGUUCAGAAUACAGGCCUUAGUCUCUUUUAUAUACCAAAUGGAGACUCUGGAUGUCUAUUUAUUUUUUACACAAAUUUCUUGCACUUUUAUUUCCUAUUUAUGUAGCUUUAUUAGGAAGUGAAAAUACAGAACAGCUGAAUAUGCUCUAUAUGCAAAAGUUGCUUUUAUAUAUUGAAAUUUUCAAAAUAUGUCAUAAUUUCUGAAUCAAUUUAUUUAUUUGUAUUCCUGGAAAUCUGAGGCAGAAUUUAUUUAAAGGGAUUGUUUCACUUUGUGAGAAGCUGAUUUAAGAAAUUCUCAAAAUAAGAUGAAACAUGUGUAUAAGUGCUUGUUUUGUCCUAAAAAAACCUGAAACAGACUACAAUAUAGGAUGAAAAAUUUUAAUUUAGACACAAGUAGCAAUUUAUGAGCCUGAUAUUGAGAACCGUCUGUAAGACGCAUUCAGCUUAUGCCCAGUUUUCUCAAAUUCGAAAGGUCUGUUGGCUGUGUUGACUGCCUUCUGACUGAACCAAAAUGAGAAUUUUUAAAAUCAGAACAAAGUGAAAUUAUCAUUUUUAUUUGAGAGGUGUUAUCUUUACUUCAGACAUUUUCAUUGAUGUGUGUGAAAAAAUCUCUUUAUAUUUGAGAUCAUGAAAA